ACAUUUACGGUACUGGCAUCGCCUCGGUUGCCUCUGCUUUUCUUCUCCCCUUCGUCCGCUUCAUCUUUCCAUCGUUUUCUCUGCUUCAUAAUUGGUAUGGGAACCACCCCAAGCUCGCCAUUCCUUGUCCAUUUUUCUAACUCUGUGCUUUACAGCUACGGCUUUGCCGGCCAUCCUCAGCAAAAGAAUCCUGUGAGCAUGGCUGAAUCGGACAACCGAGAAACGCGGGUCAAGGCCUUAAUUCGCUGCUGGCAGGUACAAGAAAAAGCAUACCAAAACCACUGGCCUUCGGCUAUCGCUGAGUUGGAGAAUGAUGCUGAUAAAGGACUGGCCGCCACUCUUGAUGCGUCUUUUACGAAACGAAAACGAGCAAUGGAGGAUGUCUACACCGCCAUCUCUGUUACGAUAGACGAGCAUCAAGCUAGAGCACUUUGUGGCGACAGGCUGGAUGAGAAGAGACUGGCCGAAAAGCACAUACAAGCGGUCUCCAACUACAUCCGAAGAUUCCGAGCCCAAUACGGCAUGGAGGAUUCCCCUACAGCCCCGGGCGAUGUCUCAGUCCUUGAUGUUGAUAUCAUCAGCAUCUCCUCGGACUCCGACCAUGCUCCCAGCCCCGAUGAUGGCGAGUUCGGUGACGAUGACCUUGAAAGGUACCGUGGCGUCAUGACACGCAACAUCGCUCAGGCAAGUCGUCCAACAGCAGCUUACCGCCUGAGACUGGCCGGACAGGCAAAACGGAGUCACGAUAGCGGCCAGGACACGCCUCUUGUCCCAUUCAAGAAGCCAAGGGGGGCUUUUCUGGCCGGCGUCCCAUCUCGCAGGGUCUCUUCACGCCGCCGAACGUAUUCGUUUGCGCCGUCCGAUUCAGAAGAGAACUCGACUGACAUCCGUACAAUCGAUGCCGUCGGGGUCGAAGGGAUCGAUUUCAUCUUCCGCAACCCGGGAACGGGGCAUGGCUACUAUAUCGUCCGAUGUAGUCAGGGCGAAUCUGUGUAUCACUUCAAGUACAAUCCGUUUGAUCAUGCAAAACGGGCCAUCAAGCACUUCAACCUCAAGAACCCCAGGCCAAAGUGCCACGAACGGCGACACGAUGCUACGAUAUACGGGGACGGCGACUUGGAAGAGAUUAUUAAAAAGUUUGGCUACAGAGUUGUCAACAGCGACGGCAGCGACGUCGACAAUGACUGGGUCGAACAGAGCAACGCCCGCCUUGCCGAGGAGAACGCAAAGGAGAAGAAUAAAGCCAAACCACAAACCAAGGGCAAGCAGAAGGUAUCCACGGUGCCCCCGGUUCAAUUAGACCCCGCCAGGAGGGAACCCGUCCAACCUGCUUGUUCCGCCUCGUGCACUGCCCCAACCAUCGGAUUCGAGGCCGUGGGGCUCUCUACAAUAUCUACGGCUCCUAUGGGUCUCGUCGACGUGAAUGCCGACAAUGCCGACCUGGCAGAAGGAUGACGAUGAUACGAUUUGAUACAGCACAUCCUACUAUUUCUUCCAAAUUAGGAACCGUCGCUAUGGGUCCUCCAGGUCCUUCUGGGUUGAAGGGGCCUAGUGAGAGACCAGAGCAGCUCUCACUGUCCCACAUUACACUCGUGUGAAUUUCUUUGUUCUCUUUUCUUCCUUUUCAUAUCUCUUCUCUAAUCUCAAUUUUCUUCUCUUCUUUAAUAUUGUUCUAUUUCCUCUAUGUAUUCUUCUGUCCUGUCUCUUCUUAUUAUUCAGCUUCCUUCAUGGACACAUCUUCCUAGCUAGUGUACCUCAUCUCACCUACCUACGUAUCUUACCGUCUUGUCCAUCUAGUACACUAACUUUUGCAAGUCAUG